AUGGGGAGGACGGAACUGGGACAAAUUAACAUAGUGCUGCAGAGCUCCUUCGGGGAAGCUUCUGUCCUCACCAUGACCUUGCCUGGGGCUGGGGCGGCAUCGCCGCCCUUUGGCUCCGCCUGGCCCGAGCCCGGCCCCGGCCCCGACGUGGGCUCCAGCCCCGGCCCCGGCCCCGGCUCCUCCCGGGCCCCGCGGAGGACACAGGCGGCGCGGCCGCUGCCGCCGCCUCCGCUGCGGCUUCCCCGGCCCGAGCUCCGCCGCUCGGCAGCGCGGCCGCCGGCCCCGAGCCGCCGCUGUCCCCCGCGUCCCGCCCGCAGGGAAGGCGCAGGAGGCCCUGCAGGAGCGGUACCGGCUGGGUUCGCUGCUGGGCAGCGGCGGCUUCGGCAGCGUCUUCGCGGCCACGCGGCUCUCGGACGGCGCCCCGGUGAGCGGCGGGGCCGGCGGCGGGCGCAGGAGGAGGAGGAGGAGGAGGAGGAUGGGGCUGGGCUAGGCGGGGGGCGAGCUGAACCCGCUGCUCUCCCUUGCUCGCAGGUGGCCAUCAAAAGGGUGCCGCGGGAUCGCAUCCGGCACUGGGGCGAGCUGCCCGACGGCACCAGCGCACCCCUGGAGAUCGUGCUGCUGGACAAGGUGGCCUCUGGCUGCGCUGGUGUCAUUCAGCUCCUGGAGUGGCUCCAGCUCCCCGACAGCUUCUUGCUGGUGCUGGAGCGCCCAGAGCGGUGCCAGGACCUGUCGGGUUUCCUGGCGGAGCGGAGGUUCCUGCCGGAGGAGGAGGCGCGGGGGCUGUUCCGCCAGGUGCUGGAGGCCGUGCGGCACUGCACCAGCUGCGGGGUCCUGCACAGGGACAUCAAGCCCCAGAACAUCCUGCUCGACCUGGCCACCGGGCGGGUGAAACUGAUCGACUUUGGCUGUGGCGCCUUCCUCCAAGACACAGCCUACACCCAGUUUGCAGGAACCCUGUCCUACAGCCCACCAGAGUGGAUCCACCACCAACGCUACCACGGCGAGGCAGCGACCAUCUGGUCCCUGGGCCUCCUGCUGUGCCACCUGGUCAUGGGCAAGCACCCGUUCAGGAGGGGCCAGGAGAUCAUCUGGGGUCGGAUCUUGUUCCCACGACGGCUCUCUCAAGAGUGCCAGGAUGUCAUUAAGAGGUGUUUGUCCAUGCAGCCCUUGGACAGGCCAUCCUUAGAAGAGCUUUUCCGUGAUCCUUGGGUGCAGGGUGUUCCUCUGCCCUAGAGGAUGGGAGAGAUCCACGUGCACAGUUGGAUCCAGGGGCCUGGCAGGUAACAGCUCCACACAUCUCUUGGCAAUCAGUGGCAAAGCCAACCAGACAGGUUUUGUGCUGCCUGUAGCUCUGAGCAGGGGUCAGCAGAAGGGAACACACAGCUCUUGGGCUGGAGCUGAGC